AUGACCGACGCCGCAUACGCAGGAAAGAGCAACGAGCAAAUCAUCAACGAGCAGGCCGCCUCGCUCGAGGAGAAGAGCCAUUACCAGCACGGUGCCCGCUUCCACCCCGGCGGCGCGACCAGCACUUCGUUGAAGUCUGGUGUGAACGAAUCCGGCGUCGAGGGCUUCCCGACCACGAGCGGCAUGGAGCAAGUUUCCGUAGGUAGGCGGCGCGAACGACCAGGUGCGUUGAAUCUUGAGGGAAUACGUUCAAGAGACACUGAUGUGCAACGCCGGAUAGUGGAUCCCCCCACGGGAGGGUGGUGA